GCGAUUCCGACGCUAACCGAAAGCGGCAUCGCUAUCUCUUUGGUUUGUUCGCCAUGGCGGCAGCUGCUGCUGCAGCGGCAGCACCGUCCAGCAAGAAGCGGAAGCUGCCCGCUGGUCUCGCUGAUCCAUCCAGCCUGCGUGAGUUGACGAGCGGUCUGCCGACCAUCGACGCCUGUCUGGCGGCAGUGGCCGACUCGCUUGACGAUUGGAAGGCUAGCGUGCAGAGUGCAGUGGAGGCCGCCGAGUUAGAGGCCAAGCGACUGGUGGAUGAGAUUAAGGGGAUGAUAGAGGGCAGUGGCGGUGUGCUGGAGCACGGCAUCCUGGAGGAGUAUCUGCGGCUCAACGUGGGAGGUGAGCUUGAGGCGUGAAGAUCAGUGCAGUGCAACGGACGACCCGUUUCAGAUUUGUUUGAUGAUCUGUGUGGGUGGUGUGUUUGCAGGUCGCGUGUUGUCGUUUCCGUACGAGGCGUUGGUCCACCCCGAGCUGCACAACACGGUUGUGGCUCAGAUGCUGCUGUACUUCAGAGCCGCCCUCCCCCAGGAUGCCGCCGGCAACCCGUUCGUCGACUCAUUCGAUGGGUACUUCGAUAGACUGGCCGGUGAGCGCGAUGAAGGCGACUGUUUCAGAUGAGAUUCUGAUUCCUCUGUCGUGUGUGUGUGUGUGUGUCACAUGCAGAUCAGGUGUCCAUGGUGUAUGCUGGGCAGCUGGGCGGCCUGGUGCUGUUCGAUCCGGAGGCCGCCGAUCCUGCGCACGCAGAGCCCCACGCCAUCUUCGCCACCAAACUCGACCUCACGCCACCCGUCAACACGCCAGCCACCCCCCCAGCAGGCAACGACCGGUCGCUGGAGGGACUGGCGGACGUAGCCGACAGGGCCCUGGCUGGUGUCAAGCGGCGCAUCAUGGCACUGCGCAACACCAAGUGGGCGUAUGAGAAGCUCAUCGAUUUUUUGGGGCCAUUUCUGAAGAGCGGCAAUGUGGAGGAGGACACCAUCGUGAGUGUGCAGAUCCGUGGCGAGACCGUGUCGACGGUUAAGGCCACACUCAACCGCCUCGGGACCAAUCAUGCGCUCUACAAUAGAUUCGACACGUGAGCUGACGCACAUCACACACGGAUGGCAGGUGGCAGACAGAGAGCUGUGCGCCUUCUCCACGACUUCACUUUGGGGUGCUGGCCAGGGAUGCGGUGGCGUGGAGCGGUGCGGAUGUGCGCAAGACAUCGUUUGAGCACUUCCGGCGCAUCGUCGACUUCGCCCGCAGACAGCGGUAUGGCCGCCGGAGGAAUGGACAAAACAGGCAUGCAGCCAAUUGAUGUGUACGGCUGUGUCAGGACCGGCAUGGCGGGCAGCGCGGUGAAACCGCCGGUGGUACAGGCAUCGAUGAUGGAGGCGUUGGAGGAGGACUGCACCAUGUACGGCAUCAAGAAAGAGGAGUUUCGCACCAGCAUCGCAUCGGCGAGCGAGGUCAAGAGGGUGCUCACGAUGAUGGACAAACGAGACCGGCAGCUGAAGCUCCUCUAUAAGUGAGGGCGGAGAAAAACACAAGGAAAUGAAUGCGGGCUUGCUUCUAUCGUAUCAUAUGCACUGGGUCUCUGUGGGUGAAAUAUUUGUGCAGGAUGAGUCGCGACGGGGCUGCGUACACCGACCUGCUCAACGGUGUCGGCGACGCGAGCGGCCUGCUGUUCGUCAUCCAGGACGGCAGCACACACAAAUUCAGCGCCUUCAUCGACGGCCCCCUCGCACAGCCCGCCGACCCCACACGCCACAAGGUCAGCCGCUGCCCCAUAUCGCUCUACAGCAUCAGCGGGGCGUAUGACGCGCCAACCAAGAUCCCCCUGCCGGCAGAGAAGCCACAGAGCGUGGCGGUCGCGGGGCGGGAGGGGGCGGUGCUGGGCAGCAGUGGGCAGUCAAGCGGCAACGUGUACAUCGGCGAGAUGGGUGCAGCAGUGCUCUGGCUGGGCAAGGCCGAGCCCGGUCCAGCUGCUGACCUGCGCAGCUGCCACGUGUGGGUCACAGAGGCCCACUUGCCUCCCGGCUAUCGGGGGGCGAUGGAUGAGGGCAAGGGCAUACUGGCGACAGACAAGAACUUCACAGCGACGGAAAUCGAUGUGCUUUCUCUGGUGGGCGGGGUGACACGAUAAUACGCGCCUGCACACAUGGACGUCGACGUGCUCUUCUCAUGUGUGUGUGUGUGUGUGUGUGUUUGUUCAGGUGUGACGCCGUCGAUCGUAGCGACCGGCGACAGACGUAUUCACGAACCCGUGUUGUGUUGAUGGUAGCGUCAUGGAAUGGCUGCGUGCUCAGUGCGAUCAAAUGAUUU